CUAUCGGAGUGCAGGAAACGCGUGACGUAGGCAGAGCGAAAUUUGAACGUGUUUUUUCCAGCUGCCGUUGUAAAGACGCACAGGCAUAAACACUGGAUUUACUUGCGAUAUUUACAUAUUUACACUUUAAAAGACGGUUAUUAUGAUACAAACAUGAAGUUUAAUCGCAACAGAGCCUGCAUAUGAAAUGUUAGACAUGUUUGGUGACUUUAAUCGGGUGUUUUUUAUUGAACUCUGUGAGGCGGAAGUGAGGAGAAUAUAAUAACACGUUGUUUAUGCGCAUAUUUUACACUAUUUUGGCCGGUGUCUCUUCAUAUUUAGAAUUUUGAGUAGUUUAAAAGGAUUUUAAGAGGCAAUAAUGAAGGUUUUAGAGAGAAAUGUGGUUCGUCUCGCGGUCGUUCAGCAUCUUCGGUCCGUUUAUGGAAUAAAAAUAAAAAACUGGAAUAAAAACAGGAACAAACAGACAUCAGUGAACACGGUGAGGGUGUUUGGGGUUGCACUAGAAAGUCUGCCACACUGUCAUGUGCUGGACUAUGGAGACAUACCCUGCUUUAUAGUAGAUGUUUGUACAAGCCUCAUGGAGCAUUUGGACACAGAGGGCCUCUUCAGAAAAUCAGGCUCUGUUGUUCGGGUCAAGACCCUCAGGGGCAAACUGGACCAGGGUGAGGACUGUCUGGACACUGCUCUGCCGCUGGACAUCGCUGGACUUCUGAAACAGUUUUUCAGGGAGCUUCCCGAGCCGGUUCUGACCGUAGAUCUGCACAGCGCUUUCCUGAAGUCCCAGGAGCUGCCCACCGAAGAGGAGAGGACCUCAACCACGGUUCUGCUGUCCUGUGUGCUGCCCGACAGGAACCUAAACACGCUGCGGUAUUUCUGCAGUUUCCUGAAGAACGUCUCUCAACGCUGUGCUGAGAAUAAGAUGGACAGCAGUAAUCUCUCUGUCAUCUUUGCACCGAAUCUCUUUCACUGUGGUGACGUCACAGAGAAACUGAGCAGCAGCACAGAGAAGAGACUCAAGCAUCAGACUGCAGCUGUGCAGUGUCUCAUAGACAACGCACAACACUUAGGUGUGGUUCCUCAGUUCCUGAUGGAGAAGGUUCCAGCCAUGUUGGGUUGUGAUUUUGGGAUCUUCUCACCAUCUACAGUGUCUCUAGAGGAGAGCAGUACUCACUCUGACAUGAAGAAAAGCAACAGACGCAGUUUAGGAGACGUGGUAAAUGGAGCUCUGAAUAAGUUUAAAACUAGUAGAACACCAACACGUACUCCUCAGUCUGAUGGAGCAGUGUUCUCCACAGCGACUCCAAUCAUCAUGACUCCAAACACGAAGCGUAAACUUCCUGUGGAGUCGGCACAGACUCACGGGUUCUCCAAGAAACGUAGAUCCAUCAAGAAGAACCUCGGCCUGGAGCUGCUCCCAAACACUCUGUUUGGAGGAACAUCUACACCAGGAUCAGCACAUAGUGCAGGAGGGGUUCUGGAAUCGUCUCACAACGGUUUUCUGUUUUCUGUGGGCAGAAACUCUCGUCUGUCCAGCAGUUCAGCGAGGAGAAAGAGCAAACGACUGCAAGAUCAGAGUGUGAGCAGAGUUGAAUCAGGGAAAGCAGGCUGUUUCUCUCCCAGAGUCCAUAAGAAAGAACCCGUGAGAAAAUCUCUGCGUCUGCGCUUCAGUCUGGGCAAAUCCAGCCGAGAGUCUGUGCCUCUAUUUCAACAGAACAUCAUUACACAUUCACAACUGGGGCCAAAGGGGUCAGAGGUCAUAGGGUGGCGCCUAGCAACACAAGAGAGCUGCACCGGUUUUAACUUCACCACAGAGUCUGCAUUUAGUCCGGCUGUUUUAAACAAGAGUCCCUCAAAAGGCUCCAAGUUUAUCAGUAAAUCUGAGGAUAACCUUCUGACCCCACAGUGUGAUUCUACAGACCACAGGAGCUUGUGGAGUGGAGACACUCCUGAUGUAGCUCCGACCUUCACUACAGAUUUAUUCUCGGGCACACCCAUGAGCGUAUGCCGCUCUGAGCCCAUCAUCGUUGUGAGCAAAACCCUCUGUUAUGCCUCGAACGAUAGCAGUGGCUCGGAUUCAUUCAACGAGGAGCGAUCUCACUCUGGGCCGAAUCUACUGAAAAUUAAACGCGUUUUCGGCGAGUCUGGCAGUGAUCUUCACAGCAUCAUUAACUACCAGAGCGAAAAUCCAAAGGACAAACCACAAGACAACCUUGGUGCAACAUCUGAAGCGGUUUCUUCUGAGGUGACCACAGAAACCUCACCCAAAUCAAUGGAAAGUUCUAGCAAAUGCAUUGUGGAUGAUCACAAUAUGACGUUUGGGCAGCUUGAGAUGAUUCCUUUGUCGCCUCUACACAUAGACAGCACGCUGUUUGAUACUGAACCCAGAGAGCUGGCGGAGAUCACCCACAACAGCUCUCUUUGUCUUGAAAAUAAAAGACUAUUCGAGGCUACAGCUCGUUCUGGAGACUGCAGUCAACUUAUCGAUGCUUUAGACAUCCAAAGUCCUGUGGCCUUCAGACCGGACACGUCCAUCAGGGUUCAAUCGACCCCAUACGUGACAAGAACGCAAACAAAAGUAAAUACGCCUCUGCCGAGUGAACUCAAAGCGUCUAAAUUGGGCGAUUGUCCUCCAAAUCGAGAAGAUCUGCCGCAGAACUCUCCUAAUACCGUUGAAAUGCGCCGAUUGAAAGUUGCCGACCAGAUUCAACUUUUCAACAUGUUGACACUCCAAUCACCCAAAGCCAAAGUGGUCCGAUCUCCUCUGAAGUUCCAGCGUACGCCCGUUCGCCAGUCUGUGAGGAGGUUAAACUCUUUGCUUGGAGACAGGAAAGAUGUUAGGAUGGGCUGGUGUGCCAGUCAAAGCACCGCCAUGCCAAAGGCCAUGAAUUUAGAGAGUGGUUUGUGCAAUCGACAUAUUCAAACCACAUCCUCAAAACCCAAACCUCCAGUUCCUUCCAAAAAACACUGCACUGUCAAACAUGCCAUACUAGAAGACGUCACCAAUAAGGUACCAAAGGCAAAUGCGCUCUCAGCCAAUAAGAAUGCUCCAACUGAAUAUCCCAAGUCUGUCUGUCUUGAACUAGCAGAAAAAGAUUCAAGUCGCUAUAGAGGUUCACCCAAAAACCCGCUUUCAGAAGGAAGACUUUUGUCAGCGAUGAAACCCAUCGACCUGUAAGACUGCAGCAUCUGAAAUCUGGAAAAAUGUCUUGUACAGAUCACCAUAACUUUAAAUAAUUUCUUCUGCGGAUGCUUUCGUAAUUUGCAUCUCUUGUAUUCAAGGGUCUUUAUUUAUUUCUCUAGAGUGAGCUUUGAUUGUUUAAGAGAUACGGAGCCCCGUCUGCAGUCGUUUACGUACCCUUGCAAUUCCUUUAUCCAUUCAAUACGAAAAUUAACCAUGAUUUUGUAGUAAAACCAAAGCAACUACUUCAUUUACCACAGUUUUACCACUGUUAAACUAUGGUAUUUAUUGUAAAACCAUAGUAACCACAAUUUACCAUGUUUUUACUACAGUAAAUGGAUUAUUGUUUUUAAAAGAAUGGUUCUUACCACAGAAAUAGUUACUACAGUCAUGGUUACUGCAGUUUUACUAUAUGCAAACCAUGGUUAAUUUUCAUAUGGCCAUGUUUUUUUUAAUGGUAUUUGUACUACAAAUUUAAGUUGGUGUUACUGUAGUAAAACUGUAGUAACCAUGUUUUGUGGCAGAAUUAUAAUUUUUUUUUACCAUGGUUUUGGUUUUCCUGUAUAUUAUAACUUUUAUCAUGAUUGUUAUGGUUAAAAUAUGGUUACUGUGGUACAACAUGGUACAUUUUGUGGUUAUGGUUUUACUACAAAAUACCAUAGUUGAGUUUAGUUACUUAGUAAAAUCAUGGUUAAUUUCCUUAAGUGAUGGAUAAUAGAGGUCGACCGAUAGUGGAUUUUGCCAAUGCGAUAACUAAGGUGUUGGGAAAUGCUGAUAACUGAUUAAUCGGCUGAUAGUUUUUAAAAUAUAUUUAUAAAAUGUAAAAAAACAAAAAACAGUUCUUUCUUUAUUAUGGCGGGCAAAGACAAAGAGUCCAAAAUGAAUACAAUCUCAGAUGCACUUUAUUGUUCAACCAAAAUCCCAAUAAUAACCAGAAAAAAACGACUUUUAAGAAUAAACAAGCCCGAAACACACCAGGGACUCUUAUUUUGAAAAGACUGAAUCAUGAAAAAACAAUCGGCUACUAUUGACAUAGAUUUUUACCGAUAACCGAUUGUUCCAAAAAGCAACUAUCGGCACCGAUUAAUCAGUAAAACCGAUAUAUCGGUCUACCUUUAAUGGAGGUAGUAGCUUUUUUUACCAAUUAAUUUGUAAAACCUAUAUAUUGGUUUUACCAAUUAAUCAUGCUGAUAGUUGUUUUUUUACCGGUUAAUCUGUAAAACCGAUAUAUCGGUCUACCUCUAAUGGAGGUAGCUGUUUAUAUUUUUUAACAGAUUAUUCAGUGCCGAUAGUUGCUUUUUUACCGAUUAAUCGUAAAACCGAUAUAUCGGUCUACCUCUAAUGUAGGUAGUUGCUUUUUUACCGAUUAAUCGGCGCCGAUAGUUGCUUUUUUGGAAAUAUCAGUUAUCGGCAAAAAUUCAUACCGAUAGUUGCCGAUAGUUUUUUUGUAUAAUCCUCCGUGAUCCUCUCUGGCCUCUAGAGGUGAAAUAAAAACAGUCACCGAUAGACAAUAUUCAUCCAUAUUUUUAUUCUCACUUCAAUGUAAUUUGGUCAUUUUGGUUAGAUACGUGUUUUUCGGGCUUGUUCAUUCUUCCACAUUAUGCUUAAAAUCUUCAUUUUUUCUGGUUAUUAUUGGGAUUUUGGUUUCACAAUAAACAGCAUCUGGGAUUGUAUUAAUUUUGUACUCUUGUAGGUUCUAUGUCUGUGCCCAUCGUAGUAAGGAAAGGCUAAGAAAGUUUUUUAACAUUCUAUAAAUUGAUUUUAAAAACUAUCGCCCGAUUAAUCGGUCAUCUGCCUUUUCCACCCCCUUAGUUAACGUAUCGGCAAAAUCCACUAUCAGUCGGCCUCUAACGGAUAAAGCUAUUGGAAGGGAACUCAAAAUAAUUGGAAGGUAACGCCAAACUAUAUGUAAAGGUAAUCAAAUUAUUCUUCUAGGGGCUCCGUAAAGAGGUGACUGUUCUGAUAUUUUAUUUUAGGAAACAGCUUGAUCAUUCCAUCAAUUAUGUUUUGGAUUUCAUGGUCGCUGUGGUUUAGCUCAAGUCAAAUGAUCGAGCACCAAAGACCUUCUGCUUUCUGAAAUCCAUAAUAACGGCACCUCUUAUUGAAAUAUACUCAACGAUAAAUGUUGUUUGAAUCUCUAGCCGUUUUGAUUUGAAUGUGAAAAGACGAGUCAGUGAAAGUGUGAAGUGUGUAAUCCAUAUAAGAAUAGUUCAUGGCUGUAUUAAGAGUGUAUAUGGAUGUCUGUACGUUAGAUUGGAAAAGGUUGGUUAUUUUUGGGGAAGUGUCUUAUUUACCUUUUUAUUUAUAUUUUAUGCAAAACUUCUUGUUAAGGCCUUAAAAAAGACCACAUUCUCGUGGAAAUGUAUGAAGAUGUCAGAGUAUUAUAGUCGUAUUUCAUAUCUUCAAUGCUGUCAUUAUUUUCAGUAAUUUGUGAACACAUGUUUCUCAAUUUGUUACUGGAUUUGAAGUUGCCAAACUAAAACUUCAGUGUUAAA